AAAGUUACAUAUAACAGUUGAAUAAAAAAUAUAUAACAGUUAAAUAUGCAAGCGGAACAUAAUCUUGACGAGCACGCAAAAUGGAAACAAAUCCAGGAAAAUACCUUCACUCGCUGGGCCAAUGAGCACUUGAAGACCGUCGGCAGUUCGAUUGACAGUCUGGAAACGGAUCUGUCGGAUGGACUGCGGCUGAUUCAGCUGGUCGAGGUGCUGUCGCAAAAGGAAUUGCCCUCGCAUUGCCAGAAUCCGAAAUUCCGUAGCCAGAAAAUGGACAACGUGUCGAUCGCCCUCACCUUCCUCAUGAAUGAGGGCAUCAAGAUUGUUAAUAUUGACUCUACGGACAUAGUCGAUGGCCGAUUGAAGCUGAUUCUUGGUCUGGUGUGGACACUCAUUCUGCACUACUCCAUCUCGAUGCCCGUUUGGGAAGGGGAUGAGGAGAAGCCGCCAGCAGAAGUCACGCUAACGCCCAAGCAACGUCUGCUUGGUUGGAUACAGUUCAAAAUUCCCUUCAUGUCCAUCACCAACUUCACCAGAGACUGGACCACGGGCAAGCCAAUAGGUGCUCUGGUCGAUGCCUGUGCUCCCGGCUUGUGCCCCGACUGGGAUCUGUGGCAUCCCGAGAACUCCGUUCAGAACGCCACCGAGGCCAUGGAGCUGGCUGAUGUCUGGCUGGGUGUGCAUCAGCUGAUCAAACCCGAAGAGUUGGUCGAUCCCAAUGUGGAUGAGCAGUCCGUCAUGACAUACCUGGCGCAAUAUCCCAACUGCAAGCUCAAGGAUGGCGCACCACUGCGACCGAAAACGGAUCCCAACAGCAUUCCCAUUACACCUGUGCCUGAGCCUGUCAACGUGCCCGCUGAGGCUUAUCCAGGCACUGAAUCUUAUCCGGCUAAAGUAUAUCCGGAAGUUGAAAGUACACCCGCCGAAGUUGAUCCCGGCUAUGAGAUCGUUCCUGCUGAGGUUCAUCCGGGUGAUGUGAUCGUUCCUGCUGAAGUGCAUCCGGGUGAUGCGAUAUUUCCUACUGAGGUUCAUGAUGAGAUAUUGCCUGCUGAAUCUUAUCCUGGCCCUCGUCCCAAUGGCCUCAUGGAUUUCGAGCCCGCCAUCGUACUUAUUGAUGCCUAUGAGAGAACAGAUCCAAUUCAUAGGACCGCGAUUGGGCAGCUGUACGAUUUGUACGGCCAUAGCUACUUGAUCACGGGCAGAGCCUUGCCAGACGCUUAUAGAUUUGUCAUCAACUUUGUGUUGGAGAACAACGAUGUGGCCCUGCACAUCAAUCCCCGAUUCGAUGAGAAAUGUGUGGUACGCAACAACCAGGUACGCGGCUCUUGGGUUCGUGAGGAAAGGGAGUCCACAUUGCCUUUUCUGUUUCGGCGCGGCGAGUACUUUGCCAUUCAGGUGCUCGUCACACAGAGCUGUUACCUGAUGUCCUUCAAUGGCCAUCACAUGGAGCCCUUUGUUCAUCGAAUGCCAUACGACAAAGUUCGUUAUCUCGAAGUGCUAGGUUGUGCGGACGACAUACGCAUACAUCGCUCUGAGGUUCGCAGCUACCCGAAACAAUUUAUAGAUGUGAUGCCUCAACCUUACAUACCGUUGGAUGUACAUCCCAUAGACUACAAUAACGAUAUAGAAGUGGAGCCACUCAACGAAGGAGAUAGUUUCCUUUUCAGUGGGGAAAUCGACCCGAAGUGUGAAGUAUUUGAGAUAGUGUUUAUAUAUCCGAAUGCAGCAUACAGAGACUUUCCCUUCCAUCUCAAGUCUAUCUUCAAGAAGAAUCAAUUCUUAAUGAAUAGCAAAAUAAAUAACGAGUGGUGCCGUAACGCUGUCACCAAUCGGAACCCAUUCCGCAAAGGCGAACGUUUUACGAUUCAGGUGCUCAUCACAGUCGACUUUUACCUGAUAGCCAUAAAUGGUCAACACUUUACCAAGUUUGCCCAUCGGAUUCCCUUCCAAGGCGGUAACUUACUUAGAGUCCAGGGUGGCAUUCACGAUGUCAAAAUGCAUCGCACUAGAGUGAUGGACUACCCCCAAUCCACAUUGCAAAGGCAAAUUUUGUAA